CCUGGGAUACAGUGGAUCACCAAUCAACGGAAAGAGCCAAAUACGUCGGCUCUGUCAUGUGAUCAGCUGUGUCCAAUCACGGCUGUUUGCCGUGAUGAUCAGUGUAGCCCCAUCAGUGCCACCUGUCAGUGCUCAUCAAUGUCACCUCCCCGUGCCCAUCAAUGCCACAUAUCGGUGCCUACCAGUGCACAUCAAUGCCACAUAUCAGUGCCGUUUCAGUGCCACCUAUCAAUGCCAGUCAGUGCUGCCUAUCAGUGCCAUAUGAUGAGUGCUGCCUUUCAGUACCCAUCAGUGAUGCCUGUCAAUGCCUAUCAGUGCCACUUACCAGUGCCUCCUCAUCAG